AUGAACGGAAUGCUACCGUCUUUUACGCCGCCCGUCGUUAAACGUUUAUUGGGUUGGAAAAAAGGUAAUGACGCUGAUGACAAAUGGUGCGAGAAAGCAGUUAAAAGUUUAGUGAAAAAAUUGAAGAAGUCCGGUGCAUUAGAGGAACUUGAGCGAGCAAUAUCUUCUCAGAAUCACAACACGAAAUGUGUGACAAUUCCUAGAGUAAGGCCGAAUGCUGAAUUGGGUAAUAUACAGCAACAGCGCAAAGGAUUACCUCAUGUAAUAUAUUGUCGAUUGUGGAGGUGGCCCGAGCUCCAAUCACAUCAUGAAUUGCGACCCUUGGACAACUGCGAGUUUGCAUAUUCUUUGAAAAAAGAGGAAGUCUGUGUUAAUCCAUACCAUUAUACCAGGAUUGAGAGUCCAGCGUUACCUGCAAUCUUAGUACCUCGCCAUACUUUAAGUGAUGAAAAUAAUUUAUUUCCACAUUCUCUUGAAGAUCUAAGCACUUCUGUACCAGAGAAUACGUCUUUCCCUCAUAACACGAAUACCUUAGGUUUACACCUUUCACAUUCAGCUGGUUUCAUGGAAGCUGUAGGAAUAUGUCCCAAUGGUACUUCGACAAAUAUGGAAUCUCCGCAUAGUGCGGUUCCACCAACAGAGACACCUCCCCCGGGAUAUAUGUCGGAAGACGGAGACCCUAUCGACCCCAAUGACAACAUGAGUUUAUCACGAAUAACACCCAGCCCUCCGGUAGACGCCCAACCAGUAUUAUACUGUGAACCCGCAUUCUGGUGCAGCAUUAGCUACUAUGAGUUAAACACGAGGGUUGGCGAGACUUUUCACGCUAGCCAGCCCUCCAUUACUGUUGACGGUUUUACAGAUCCCAGCAAUUCAGAAAGGUUUUGUUUGGGAUUGCUGUCGAAUGUGAACCGUAACACAGUGGUAGAACAAACAAGAAGACACAUAGGAAAGGGAGUAAGACUGUAUUAUAUAGGUGGCGAAGUGUUUGCGGAAUGUUUAAGCGACUCAAGCAUCUUUGUCCAAUCCCCCAAUUGCAAUCAAAGAUAUGGCUGGCAUCCUGCUACCGUUUGUAAGAUACCACCAGGUUGCAAUUUAAAAAUAUUCAAUAACCAAGAAUUCGCAGCUCUACUGUCGCAGUCUGUGAGUCAAGGGUUUGAGGCUGUGUACCAGUUAACGAGGAUGUGUACGAUAAGGAUGUCCUUCGUAAAAGGGUGGGGUGCAGAGUACAGGAGGCAGACCGUGACGUCGACGCCCUGCUGGAUCGAACUACACCUAAACGGCCCCCUGCAGUGGCUGGACCGAGUAUUGACACAGAUGGGAUCACCAAGAUUACCGUGUAGUUCAAUGUCAUAAGGAACGAGAAUAUUUUCGAGGGUGUUCCUUUGGCGAGAACACAUGAUUCGGUCGGUUACUGUAUGUAUCUACUAUACGUACUAGUUAUUUUGAUUUAUCGUCAUAUUUGAAAUUUUAUAAAUGAUUAUGUUUUGUUUUAUUGAUUGUUACGUGAGACACGUGUUUGCAUCAUGUUUUUUGAUAAGUGAUAAGCCUGAUAAAUUACUUUAUUUCUAGUUACGUUUAGCUUUACAAAGGAUUUAUAUUAAAUUAUGGAUUCAUUUUAUAUUUGCCGAGUUUAGGGUGUACGUUUCCGCGGCGUUGCAAAUUUUUCCAGGUGUCGUCAUCGCGUAGGACAGAUUUACUGCCACGGUUUAAUGAUGUACCUAACAUAUAUUUUGUUAUUUGGGGCUGGUUCCUCAAAACUCAUAAAAUUUUAUAUUUCUUAACAUAGAUAUUUAAAUUAGAAGAACUCACCUCGAUAAAUAUGCAGAUUUAAAGUGACGCAAUACACAAACGUGGUAUUAAAUAUCUUACAGGGCGACAGUACUCAAAAAUUGUUUCAUUACCAAUUUAU